AUGGACGUCGAUCGAUCGAAAGUACUCGUAUUUGGGGCGGGGAACUUCGGCAGCUGUCUAGCUGACCACCUCGCGGACUCAUAUCACACCGUGUUCUUGUGGUCUCGCUACGAGAACGCAGUUCGCCAAAUUAAUGAAACCCACCGCAGCGAUGUCUUCAAAGACCAUGUAUUCCCCGACACGGUCAAGGCCGUUGGCCCAGAAUUCCCAUCGCGAGAACUCAUCAAAAGCGUCGAUGUGCUGCUCUUUGCUAUUCCCACCGAGGGUGUGAGAGAAACGCUCACGAAUUUGAGACCACUGCUCGACGAGGGGAAUCUCCCGCUGUUGAUAUUCGUCAACAAGGGUAUUGAGAUCGCAACCAAUGCCCUGACGCUGGAAAUCAUCGCCGACACAUGUGGACCUGCCAUCGCGAACGUCGCAACGUUCAUCUCGGGGCCAUCCUUUGCAAAAGAGAUCAUUAAACGCCAGCCGACGUCGGUCUCCGUCGUAUCUCUAUCAGUUGCACACGCGCAGAGAGCCUCGCACCUAUUUCAUCAGCCAUGGUUCCGCUGUUACACAGGAGAAGAUCCUAUUGGCGUCGAGCUGGCCGGCGCGCUCAAGAACGUUUAUGCCAUCGCUUCCGGGAUGGCAGAUGGCCUUGGAUUCGAGAAUAAUACGAGAGCUAGUUUGAUCACGCGUGGUCUCGCAGAGAUGACCAGAAUAGGAACGACCUAUGGCGCAUCACCGCUCACAUUUCUUAGCCUCGCUGGGGUCGGCGAUCUCUUUCUGACCUGCAGCUCGUCCACGAGUAGAAACUACACCGUGGGGUAUCGCCUGGGCAAAGGAGAGAAGUUGGACCACAUCAUCAAGACGCUGGGUAGUGUGGCCGAAGGUGUUACGACAACGAAGGCAUUACAUACGCUGAUCAGUCGAUUGGGUGUGAACGCACCGAUUGCGACUGGGAUCUAUGAGGUGCUCUACGAAGACGCAGAUGUUGCGGAAAAGGCGAAGUGGCUGAUGGCUCUGCCCCCGGUGCGCGAGCUGGAGUUGCCGGAGGGGACGGGGAAGCCCGCCGAGCAGCUACUGAAGAAGCUGGAACUCCCUGGUGCAGUGUAG